GGAUAGUUUAAUUAAUGUCACAUACUUACAAAUUCUGUAUUUAUAUUACUGUAUAGUAGGUUUUAUAUCGUAUAAUUAGUUAAUAUAAACGCUGUAACGCAAAGCCUGAAUAUGACAAAAGAAGAAAUAAAAUUGAAUGACGACCAUUUCAAUCAGAAUGAGGAGGAAUCUGCUAAUCAACAAGAACCGAAACGUAGAAUAAAAAGCUACGAAUGCGAAGUAUGUGGGAAAGAAUGUCAAAAUAAAUCUAAUUAUUUUCGACAUAGACAAGUCCAUUUAGUUGACAAAGCGCACAAAUGCGAACACUGCAAGAAAAGUUUCUCAACUAAAGAUGGCCUGCAAACACAUAUAUACACACAUACUGGGAAGUUGCCAUAUAAGUGUGAUUACUGCGACAGGGGUUUUCGAAGCAAGUCAAGCAGGACUGCUCACGUCCGGAUACAUAUUGGGCAUAAACCCCAUGUCUGCACUAUAUGUGGGAAAGACUUCACACAGCGUGCUGAUCUGACAAAACAUCUACGCAGGCAUGUAAACAUAAAAUCAUAUAAAUGCGAAGAAUGUGGAAAAUGCUUCGUUGAUAAUUCAGAUUUGACCAAACACAUUGUAAUUCAUCUCAAAGAAACUGGGUUUAAAUGCGCUGAAUGCGACAAAGAUAUGAAAAGCAAAGCAAGACUGAGGCAUCAUAUGAAGACUCAUGCAACGGAAAAAGUAUUUUCUUGUACAAUUUGUUCUGCUUCAUUUAUCAGGAAAGGCGUUUUGGAAAAUCAUUUGGUAGUGCAUUCAAAUGAAAAACCUUUUCAUGUGAAGUAUGUGGAAUGUCAUUUAAGCACAAAGGAACAUAUUCGCGAAUUUGAAUGUACAAUUUGUGAGAAAAAAUUUUCACAUCCAAAGUCACUUCGCAACCACAUGAGAGCACAUUCUGAUAAAGUAUCUGAUAACGCACAUUCUUGUUACGUAUGUGGAAGAUCUUUCCAACACAAAGCAGCUUUAUCAAUACACCAUCGGGUACACACGGGUGAAAAACCCUUUUCGUGUCACACAUGCGGAAAACGAUUCAGUCAAAAAGGAGGUUUGGUGAUGCACGAAAAGCUGCACAGAGCAAACGGCAUCAAACGUCAUUCAUGUGAUGUAUGUGGUCGAGUGUUUAUAACAUUGCAGAAUCUCAAAGCUCAUCGUGAAACCCAUCCAACCGUUAAAUCAGCAGGAAUCUGCACGCAUGAUUGUACAGUUUGCCAAAAGAGAUUCUUCAAUAAAAGGGUACCACGUUCGCAUAUGGCAACACAUAUCGAACGAAACAAACGAUUCUGUUGUAAAAUAUGCAAUAAAUCGUUUGGUAGUAGAUCGACGUUAUUGAUACACGAACGGGUACAUACUAAUGAAAGGGUGACCGUACAUUUGAAC